AUGAGUGAAUAAACCAAUCAAAACUAAACUUCUAUAUCACCUCUAGAAUUGGAAACAAGUACCAAUCCCAAAUCUGAGUUCACUGAAAACACAACAAAAAAAAGAGAAAUUAAAUCAAACCUCACCUAAGCAGCACUUAACUUAUACAAAUGUUGUAUAGGCUCAGGAAUUUUGGCAGCUCCCUUUACUUUCUGUGAAGGAGGAUACUUACUCACAUCAUUCUGUUAUUUCUUGAUCUGUAUCCUCAUGAUCUACUCAUAAUUAGUAUCUAUGCUCCUAAUUAGUAGAUGCUCUUAAGAAUUGUCGAUGAAAUCAAUUAACCCAAUUUAGGUUUCUCAGAAAUCACAUACAUAAUCUUAGGUGAAAAUUAUGUAUACAUAAACAAAUUAUUCAUAAUAAUCAUGCAAUGGGGAUGUUGUGCUUCAUAUGUUUUAUUUUUUAUGGAAUUCUUAGAAUAUGCAAUAUACCAUCAUUAAGAUGUAGUGUUUUCUCACUAGCUACUUUAUUUAGCAAUUGCCAUGUGCAUCAUCAUCCCUUUAGUUUUCAUUAACAACAUGACUUUGUUCACUAAAUUUAGCACACUUGCAAAUGUAAUAUUAAAUAGUAAUCAAGAGUUUUAUUAUCAUUUCACUAAUCAGCUGCAUUGUUUACUUUAGUAUUGAACUUAACUCUGAGGUCAACUACAAUGAUAUUCCAGUUGCUAGAUUCAAGAAUCUCCCUUUAGUUAUAGGAGUUGCUCUUUUUUCUUUUGAAGCCAUAGGAACACUUUUAGAUGUGAGGAAAUCUAUGUAGGAACCAAUUAAAUUUCCCAAAUUAAUGACUUUAGUAUUUUCAGGUUGUACAAUGUAAUUCUGGAUUUUUGGACUUCUUGGUUCUUUGAGUUAUGGGGAUACAACUAAUGAAAUAAUUUUAUUCUCACUUGGAUAAGGUGCUGAGGCAUUUUAAAUUCUUUAUGCAAUUGCGUUAAUAAUUACUUUACCUCUGCAAUUGUUACCAGCUUUUCAUUUAAUUGAAAAAAUUAAAAUUGCAAAGAGCUUCACUAAAGAAGGAACUUCAGGUUUUUUAUUUAGAAGAACUCUCUUGAGAUUACUUUAAGUUCUAGCUAUUGCAGGAUUAGCAAUAGGCAUUCCAUAGUUUGCUCUUUUGAUUUCUUUUAUUGGAGGAUUAUGUGGAGCUGUUCUUCAAUUCUUUUUUCCUUUAAUGUUUUAUCUUAAAUGGGAUUGGCGAUUUAGACCAUCAGAAUUAGAAGGAUAAAUUUACAUAUCUGCAAUGUGUUUAGGUUGCAUUCUAGGAUUAGUAGCUGUAGCAGAUUCCAUUUAUGAAAUAGCCACCUAAUGA